CUGCACAGACCUGUGUCUGUUUGCAACCAUGGGGGCCAGGCAGCUUGUUGCAUUUAGCUUCGUACUUGCAUGGGUCAGGCUUAGUGACGCUCGAUUCCACAGUCUGAAUGUGCCAACACACUUGGGGAUCAAGGCACAGAGGCCUGCUGUGGCUGAAGCUGAUGCUCCAGGAGAACCUGACAGAGUGCACUCCAGUCAGUCUGCUCAGCAAGCUGCAAAGCUCCAGUCAAAGCAGAACCAGCAAGCACUUGAACCCCUCUCCUGGAAAUUUCCAGAAGAUCCAGUGGAUCGGGUGAACAAACCUUUCAAGUUUGAACUGAAGCAGCCAGUGGCAGCCUACCGCGUUGCUGUGAGGUGUGGUGAAAGUAAGAUCUUUGUUGAAGUGAGUCGGGACUUGCUGGGUCUCGGCAAGCUGAUAAAGCCAGAAGAAAUCAGCCUCGGUGGUUGUUCAGCCACUGACACUGAUGACUCGUCUCAUGUGCUGGUUUUUGAAUCUGAGCUGCACAGCUGUGGUAGCAAGCUAGUGUUGACAGAAAAUGCCUUCAUUUAUGCCUUUGCGCUGGCCUACAACCCCAAAGUGUUUGGCAGAAGCGGCAUUACGAGGAGCCAGAGUGCUGUCAUUAGACUUGAAUGCCACUACCAGAGGCAGCACAGUGCGAGCAGCGAUCCCGAGCAUCCUGCCUGGAUGUCCAGUGAAGCUACCAGGCGAGCACAGACACAGCAGCAUUUUUCUCUGAAACUUAUGACUGAUGACUGGAAGUUUGAGAGAACGUCCACCAGAUAUGCUUUGGUAGAUGUCAUUCACAUGGAAGCAGCAGUCUUGGUACAAACUCCAACCCCCCUCAGGGUGCUGGUGGACAGCUGCGUCGCUACCACAAAGUCAGACUUCACUUCAGGACGAAGAGAAGCUUUAAUAAAUGACGGGUGUCUGGGGGGUCAGCACACCAUUUCCAGGUUCAUGCCUCGAUCUCAGCCUGAUAAACUCCGGUUACAGGUCGCGAUCCACAGCUUGGGUCUACAGGGGAUGAUUUAUAUCUCUUGCCUACUGAAGGCCGUCUCAGCUUCUGCCCCAGUUACCAUUGAGAACAAGGCAUGCUCAUUUUAUGAGGGUAUGUGGAUGGCUGUAGAUGGAAAGAACGAGUUCUGUACCUGUUGUGAGUCCACUUGUGGAAUGAGAAAGAUCCGAGCCCUGAGUGACAACGCCACAGUGGAGCGAUGGGAAGCUGAAGUGACUGUGGGCCCCAUUGUUGUAGAGUGAAAGAUGUUGUUUUUUUUGUUUUUUUUACACAUUUGUAACAAAAGAGAAUAAAUAAACUUUUUAAAAAGAAA